AUGAACAAAGACGUAUUUCCGCUGUUAGAUCUUCAGGAACUUGUUGUGUGCCUUCAAAGCUGCGAUUUUGCGCUUGCAAAUGAGGAAAACAUAUCUAGACCAUCAUCCAAGUAUGUAGUUACACUAUAUAAACAAAUCAUAGACAGUUUCUCAGGGAUAUCUCCCGAUACUCUCAUAAAUAAUGGGGAACUGCUUCUGGAGUCAAGCGGAACCCAUAUCGACGACGAUCCAGUUUAUAGAGACACGCUUCAAAUGCUGACACUGAACAAGAUCUGCUUCAAGUUUUUCGAGGACAUAGGCGUCCCGGACUUCAAUAUGAUGGAUCUGUACAAGCCUGAAGCGCAGCGAACUCAGCGAUUUUUGAGCGCUGUGGUAAAUUAUGCGCGGUUCAGAGAGGAACGCAUGCUCGAUUGUGAUCAGUUUAUGUCGCAAACAGAGACAUUACUGGCACAGCUUCGUCAAAAACUCGACGAUCACAAUUUCCUGCAACUACAAGUUCAAAAAUACCAGGAACUCUCCACUUUUGCAGAUGGCGAAACGCUAGGCUCAUUGGAAAGUAAUAAUCGUAACCUGGAAAAUCAACUGAAGAAACUUACGCAGGUUCAGGAAACUUUCUCCAUCGAUUACAAUAACUAUAAAAGUAACAAGCGCAAGCUGUUGGCAGACUUAGAAAGUCUUGGUUUUGAGCUCAUAGAGUUGGAACUGCAACGUGGUAAACUACAGCGUUACUCCGAAGCGGAUAUAGAUAGCUUGCAGGCGGGUAUCAAAGAGCUGUCUCAAGCCUUGGAAGAGCAAAGUGAGAGCCUUUCUGGACUCCAAAAGCAGCAUCGCAAUCUAGCAAAGGCUAUGACAACUUUUCAGACGAUUACUGCUGAGCUCUACGAGCUUUUAAAGAUUAUCUCCACUGAUCUACAAAAAUCACAUCUCCAAGAAGUGGGUAUACUCGAGCUCAAAGAUCAGCUUCUGAACAAUCGCACCAAAUUAGAAAAUCUACUCACCUCUGGGGUAGCAGUGAAACUUACCAAUUUACAAACACAGUUGGAAAGUCGCAAGAAAAGCAUCCGGGAGCUUGAAGAAACUACCCGAAUGGAACAACAAGAAAACUCCAACAUAUUACACAGUUUACAAACCCAGUUUUCGCAAGAAAUUUUACCUGAGGUCCAAAAGGUCGACGACCAUGUGGAAAAUCAGCUCUAUGGCGUUGUCAUCAAAGGUCUGGAAAAAGACAUGCAAGAGUUGAAGGACGAGUUUAAAAAAGAAUCAGAUGCCAUAGAGCUCGAGUACUCACUCUUGGCUACCCAUAUAAACAAUUACAUGAGCAGCAUGCUUCAGAGGAUACGAUGA